CCGGAGGCAUGUCCUAGGGCCGGGGGCAGCGGGCCCAGCGGCGACGCACCAUGUUCGGGAGCUGCCCGGCCGAGCGGGGCCCCCCCAUGUACCCGGGGUCGCUGCGGGCCGGGGGCGGGCCGGGGCCCCUGGCCGGCCAGUCCUUCGGGCCCGGCCCCCCGUACGCCGACUACAUGGGCUACCCGGCCGGCCCCGGCCUCGACGGCCCCGGGCCGCCCUACGGGCCCCCCCGGGAGGACUGGGGCGUCUACGGGGCCGGGCCCUCCGCCGCCCCCGCCCCGGGGCCCUACGGCUCCCCCGACUACGGCGCCCCGGCCGCCCCCGGGCCCGGGGGGCCGCCGCCCGGGGCCGCCGCCGGAGCCCACCCGCUGCCCCCCGCCGCCCAGAGGCAGGUCGCCUACGAGUGGAUGCGCAGGACCGUCCAGUCGGCCGCCGCGGGGAAGACCAGGACGAGGGAAAAAUAUCGGGUGGUGUACACCGAUCAUCAGAGGCUGGAGCUGGAGAAGGAAUUCCGGUGCAACAGAUACAUCACAAUCCGGAGGAAGUCCGAGCUGGCUGCCAACCUGGGGCUUUCAGAGAGACAGGUGAAAAUCUGGUUUCAGAACCGCCGCGCUAAGGAGCGGAAGAUGAUCAAGAAGAAGAUUUCGCAGUUCGACGGCAGCGGGGGCUCGGCCCAAAGUGACUCCGGCUCGGUCAGCCCGGCCGAACUGCCGAGCUCUCUCUUCCCACCGCCCCACGCCAUCCGGGAGUUACAGCCCAUCGAGGUCCACCAGGUGAUCGUCUCGGAGUAGCGGAGCGGUCAGUCGGAGGGCCGGCGCCAGUCGGCGGCGGGACGGACCUCGCCCUGGGCCACUCGGACAGGCCUUUGGAAGAAGAUCCCCCGGGGCAUCCCCUUGGCUACCUACCUCCCCUCCGGGACUCCCGGCCCACCGGCCGGUAGCUCCGGAUCCCGGCGAAGAGCCCGUCCCGCCGGCGACCGGCGGCUGCCCGGGAGCCGGACGGGACCGAGGACUGUCGCGAUGCUUCGUGUAGGGUUUUCGAGGGGGUCUGAGCGAAUUCUGUCGCCGCUCCCGAACCGAGGGUCCCCCCGGGCUGGGGACACCGUGAGCGUCGUCCAGCUGAUGAAAUAAAAUCUACUUUUGCCCCCACCCCGAACUGUUCUGGAGCGGGCCCGGUCUUCUGAAGGCGGCGGAGUCCCCAUCCCGCGGCAUCAUUCGUCAACCCGGCCUCAGCGGGAAGGGCUCGACAAGGCUCUCCUCUUCCACCCCGCGCGGGAGGACCGAGACGCCAUCAGAAAAUGAGCGCCCCUUCAUGUUUUGGUGGCGAGGGGCGUAACCGGCCGGCCUGUCUUGCUUCUUAUCUUCUCUAGGUCAUCUUCAUUCCCGAGAGGUUGGCUCCGCGGUGCUUUUGCGUGUUUUAUCUCACUGACACAACUUGGGGAGGCAGGUGUUAUUACCCUCAUUGUACAAGUGGAGAAACCGAGGCCCAAGGAGGGUAAGCCGCUUGCCCGAGGUCACACAGCGAGCGUGAAGACACACUGAAAAGAAUAAAGAGAAAGUUAGAGA